GCCGUUAAACCCCACAGAAGAAGACGUCUGCAGGUUAAGCCACAGUAGAAGAAGUGUCUCGCUUUUGGGCUAAAGUUUCUCUAACGUCAGUUAUAAAGCUAGCUAGAACAACUUGUCAACAUGUUUCGAAGAAAACUGACAGCUUUGGAUUACCAUAACCCCGCUGGGUUUGACUGUAAAGAUGAGACAGAGUUCAGGAAUUUCAUUGUGUGGCUGGAGGACCAGAAAAUCAGACAUUACAAAAUUGAAGACCGGGGCAACCUGAGGAAUAUCCCCACCUCGGGAUGGCACAAGUCCUUUGAGCAGUAUCUUCGAGAUGUGAAUUGCCCAUUCACUGUCGAAGAGAGACAGGAGUCAGUGGACUGGUUGCUGGGUCUAGCAGUUCGGUUGGAAUAUGGAGACAAUGGCUCCCCAGUUGAGAAGUACAAGAAUUGCCCGCCAGCCACAACCACCGAGGCGGAGAAACCCUCGGAUCCCCUCAUCCAUCUGGACAGCAGCAACCCAGACUUUAAGGCUGGCGUCUUAGGCCUGGCUAGCCUGCUGAAGAUCCAGCGUCACGACGACUACCUGGUCAUGCUGAAGGCUAUAAGGAUCCUUAUCCAAGAGCGGCUGACCCCAGAAGCCAUAGCCAAGGCCAGCCAGUCUAAAGAGGGUCUCCCUGUGGCCUUGGACAAGCACAUCCUCGGCUUUGAUACCGGAGACGCCACCCUGAACGAAGCGGCUCAGAUCCUACGUCUGCUCCACAUCGAGGAGCUACGAGACCUGCAGACCCGGAUCAAUGAGGCCAUCGUAGCCGUCCAGGCCAUAAUCGCAGACCCGAAGACAGACCACCGCCUGGGCAAGGUCGGCAGAUGACCUGGCCUGCCUGACCCCUUGACCUCUGCCUUUAACCCCCAACAUAGUCUGUGAAAAAGAAGUACCACACAAACUAUACAUGGAUAUUGGUCCAAGACCUUGUCCUUAUUUUAUUUUUGUCCCUCAACAACUAGGACUAAGCCUUUGGUUUUCAUUUUUUUUGUGUGUGUGUGAAGGAUUUGGGACGGUUGGAAUGAAAUGGACUAGUUUUUUUGUUUUGAGAAAGAAAUGCAUUUUUGUGGCAUGAGUGGAUUGAGAAUGUCUGAAAUACAUUGGGGAGAAAGAAACUUUGGUUUGUGUUCAUAAGAAAUGGGAAGUGCUAUCAGAUUCUGUGCUGAAAUUACCCUUGAGAUGGAAUGAGCGAUAAAACAAGUCAGGAAUUACAUCUUAGGAAAGAUAAAGCAUUAAAAAACUGGUGAACAAAUAUUUGGCGACCAUGUGGUGAAAUACAAAAUGAUUAGUGCACAGAAUACUCAAAUACUGCAUUGCUGUGUGUUCAUUCAAUACACAUGGACAGAUAUAACUGGACUUGUGCCUCAAAGAUCUAGUUUAUUUUUAAUUUUUAUAGGAAGCCAAAGUAUGAAAUGAGGUAAAACCAAUUUACAAAACUUUAUUUGCAGGGACUGGGAAGUCAGUUGACGUUUGGAAAUUUACUUUGGUGGUGGUUGGUGAAAUCCUUGCUUUGUCUCAAGUGUCCUUCAUUCGAAGUCUGACAGAAGGGUUCUCACAGGGGAAAGCACUUCAAGACUCGUCCGAAAUAGCACCAUAAAACGGUCCUCUAUCAUUAGUGUCCCUGCAUCAGAUAACUACAUUAGGUCACAGGACAGUGAACAUCCUUGACAACUACACCACACUCGGCUAUCAUCAGUCACAGAACAAACAUUACUUUCCAAACGUGUUAUUCUUGACCUUCGUAAAUACCAGGGGAGAAUGACUGCCCCCUCUCAUUGAAGCCACUGAAGUUCAAGGCCAACUUCGGGCAUUGUUAGCAGCAAACAGGAUCCCCAUUAUCGUGAGUGGAAAUCUUUGUUGUCAUUCAAAGUGUAAAAAAAGGACAAUUAUAGUACCAAUAAUUGCUUCUAAUACACCAGCUGUAUGUCCUUGAACCGAUUAUCAAAAAAUGCUCACACGAAGGAUAAUUGAGUUGCUAAUGGCAGCCUGCAGUACCCCAGUCAGCCUUCAACUUGAGUUACUCAAUGAGAUGGGGCAACACUGAGCUAGCCUGCAACCUCAUUUCCUGGAGUUGCUCAAAGUGCGCAUGUCUUCAUGAGACGCCAUCUUAACUGACUGCAUUUAGCUUCAAUGCUCUAUUGAGUCUUCAUAUAGGAAUGAAUGGUGUCACGUGAUCAAUGGCUUUGUCCAAUCAUAUCAUGCAAGGCUGAGCUCAUAGGGCUCUUGCAACUAGGUUUCUAUGGCUUUGAUGUCAGGGUGAAGACCGGUCAUAUUUCUUCACCUGGGUCUUUAGUACAGUGAUUUGGCAGCAGUUGCCUUCUACUUGAGGAACUUGCUACCUGACAGGUUCUAUGCUAAGGCUCUUUGUACAGCCCUCGGUCAUUUGGCGUCUUUUUGUUUGUUGCAGGUGUCCGCUCUGAUACGUAACAUCAAAAUGAAGUAUGGCCCCCAGUACAGUGCGUUCAGAAAGUAUUCCUACCCCUUGACUUUAUCCACAUUGUGUUAUGUUACAACCUUAUUCUAAAAUAGAUUAAAAUGUUUCCCCCCCCCCCUCAUAAAUCUACACAACACCCCAUAAUGACAAAGCAAAAACAGGUUUUUAGAAAUGUUUGCACAUGUAUUAAAAAUCAAACUGGAAUAUUACAUUUACAUAAGCACUCAGUACAUUCUUGAAGAACCUUUGGCAGCGAUUAAAGCCUUGGGUAUGUCGCUACAAGCUUGGCACACCUGUAUUUGGGGAGUCUCCCAUUCUCUGCAGAUCCUCUCAAGCUCUGUCAGGUUGGAUGGGGAGUGUUACUGCACAGCUAUUUUCAGGUCUCUCCAGAGAUGUUUGAGUCCGGGCUCUGGCUGUGCCACUCAAGGACAUUCAGAGAGACUUAUCCCGAAGCCACUCCUGCGUUGUCCUGUUGGAAGGAGAACCUUCACCCCAGUCUGAGGUCCUGAGCGCUCUGGAGCAGGUUUUCAUCAAGGAUCGCUCCGUACAUCUUUGCCUCGAUCAUGACUAGUCUCCCAGUCCCUGCCGCUGAAAAACAUCCCCACAGCAUGAUGCUGCCACCACCAUGCUUCACCGUAGGGAUGGUGCCAGGUUUCUUCCAGAUGUGACACUUGGCAUUCAGACCAAAGAGUUCAAUCUUGGUUUCAUCAGAUGAGAGACUGUUGUUUCAUGGUCUGAGAGUCUUUAGGUGCCUUUUGGCAUACUCCAAGCGGGCUGUCAUGUGCCUUUUUACUGAGUGGUGUAUUCCGUAUGGCCACUACCAUAAAGGCCUGAUUGGUGGAGUGCUGCAGAUAUGGUUGUCCUAGAAGGUUCUCCAAUCUCCACAGAGGAACUCUGUCAGUGUGACCAUUGGGUUCAUCUCCCUGACGAAGGCCCUUCUCCCCUGAUUGCUCAGUUCCAGGAAGAGUCUUGGUGUUUUCAAACGUCUUCCAUUUAAGAAUGAUGGAGGCCACUGUGUUCUUGGGGACCUUCAAUGCUGCAGACAUUUUUUGGUACCCUUCCCCAGAUCUGUGCCUCGACACAAUCAUGUCUCGGAGUUCUACGGACAAUUCCUUCGACCUCAUGGCUUGGUUUUUGCUCUGACAUGCACUGUCAACUGUGGGACCUUAUACAGACAGGUGUGUGCCUUUCCAAAUCAUGUCCAAUCAAUUGAAUUUGCCACAGGUGGACUCCAAUCAAUUUGUAGAAACAUCUCAAGUAUGUUCAAUGGGAACAGGAUGCACCUGAGCUCAAUUUCGAGUCACAUAGCAAAGCAUCUGAAUGCUUUAAAAAUAUAUAUAUUGCAAAAAUGUCUAAAAACCUGCUUUUGCUUUGUCAUUAUGGGGUAUUGUGUUGUAGAUUGCUGAUUUAAAAUAAAUAUUUAAUCCAUUUUAGAAUAAGGCAUUUUAGCAUCUCUUGGUUUCUUCAAGCUACUGACGCAGACCUUUGGAACAUCUACAUUCUAAAAAGUCAAUUAAAUCCAUGUAAUAUAGCCUACAUCCUCACAAUAAAUACAUUAUUUAUUUUAGAGAGGUCUAAAGAAACAUGUGGUACCCUUCCUGCAGGCUUAUCCUGACAUAACCCUCCAGCAUGACAAUGGCACCAGCCAAGCUGCUCGUUCUGUGCGUGAGUACCUGCUAGACAGGAAUGUCAGUGUUGUGCCAUGGCCAGCAAAGAGUCCGGAUCUCAAUCCCAUUGAGCACGUCUGGAACCUGUUGGAUUGGAGGGUGAGGGCUAGGUCGAAACCCCCGCAGAAAUGUCCGGGAACUUGUAGGUGCCUUGGUGGAAGAGUGGGGUAACAUCUCACAGCAAGAACUGGCAAAUCUGGUGCAGUCCAUGAGGAGGACAUGCAGUGCAGUACUUAAUGCAGCUGGUGGCAACACCAGAUACUGACUGUUACUUUUGAUUUUGACCACACCUUUGUUCAGGGACACAUUCAAUUUCUGUUAGUCACAUGUCUGUGGAACUUGUUCAGUUUAUGUCUCAGUUGUUGAAUCUUGUUAUGUUCAUACAAAUAUUUACACAUAAUAAGUUUGCUGAAAAUAAAUGUAGUUGACAGUGA